AUGGAAAGAUUAAUUGCUACAAAAUAUUGUAAUGUAUAUGAAAAAAAAGUAAGCAGAGUAUUUCCUUCUUUUUUAAGUUUUAUUUCUGUAAUUCUAAGUCUAAUUUGGAUUCUUUUUUCUAAUAAAGAUAUUAUUAAUGAAUUUGUUAAUAUAUUCAUUCAUAUAUCAGCAUUAGCAUUUUCUUUAUUAGGAACAGUUAUACUUUUAUAUCAAAAUAAAAAAUUAGAAAAAGAAUAUAAAAGGAAGUUAACGGAACGGUAUAUUAUAAAAGAUAACAUUAGAAUUGCCAAAUUUCUUUUACCAAGAUUAUUAAUUAUAAAUUUAGGUGAAAUUAUUCUCUUAAUGUUAUACGUGUACUUUGGAUUGUCAAUGAAAAAAUUUCCAAUUAUUAGAGGAGAUAUAAUUUUUUAUAGUUUAAUCAUAUUUGGACCAAUUUUAUGGAAUUUAAUCAUAAUAAUGACAAAAAUUUUGACCAAAUUAAAAGUAACAAAUCUAAAUGAAAAUGUUUUUAAUAUGGAAAAAAAUAAUGAGGGUUGUGUAUAUUUUAGCAACCUUAACCAACAAUGGGAAUUGACAUAA